CGACACAUGCGUCGGUGCUGCCCUGGUGAGCUGCUCGUCUCCUGACACGGUCGGUAGGUCAGAGUCUGUAGCUGUCAGAUACUUAGCAGUGAGCUAAUGAAACUGGAUCAUGUGGUUGAAAUUAACGUAGGGACUGUUUAAAGUCAGAAACAGCAGAGGCUCUGUUUUGUGCUGUCGUGGUUGAGGGCUAAAGGAGAGCUAGCUUCAUGCUAACAGCCCUGUGUAGGUUUUUUAAGCGACAUCAGGCGUUGUGAUAGAUGGGGACACUCUGCACCACUAACCCCACGGGGAGCAGCGGUCCCGGGGCUCCAGACUCCCAGGGGACACUUAUCGUGCUCGCUUCAUCGCGUGUUAAAUGGAUUAUGUCAUUUCAUUAUUUUCAGAUUUGUGAGGGAAUCUGCACCACAAUGGCACAUGCUGUUUUCCUCGGAAUUUGAUCCCAGAUGACGGCCUCCACUCGCAGGACGGUGCUGGCACUGUACAUGCGGGUGUUUCGUAUCGCCCGAACGUGGCAGAGUGAAGUUACAAGUGACACAGAAUCGGAGAGAAAAUACAUACUUCAGGAGGCCCGCACUCUGUUCAGACAGAACCAGCAGCUCCAAGAUCAAGAGGCAGUGAAGAGGUGUAUAGAGGAAUGUGAAGCAAGGAUAGAAAUAGGUCUCCAUUACAGGAACCCAUAUCCAAGGGCUACCUACUUGCCACCAAUGGGACUUGCAACUCAGAAGGGCAGGAAGCUGCGAGCGCAGCAGCGCCUGAGGAAGCAGGCCAAGCCAAUUUAUUUGCAGUCACAUGACGACACCUGAUGCUUGAUUUCGUAGAUCCUCGCCGGGAGUUCAAUUUACCAAGGACAGGAGACAAGGGUGCAGUCACAAGCCGAUCUCAUGGAGGAUCACAAGCCCUCAUUGAUGCAUGAACACUUGUCAUUCAGGGGGAAAAGCCAUGUUUUGUUGUCUCUUUUUUGUUUUAUUAAGUAGACCUCAUAAACAAGGCAGUGUGCUGUCACCUGUAAUAUAAAUUCAAAUUGUAUAUUUUAUUUAUUUUUCGUUGUAAUAAACACUUUCUAUAUAAAAUAGAAGAGUACAGAGAUGAACACUGGUGUUUAAAUGGUUUGUCAACAGAUAUGUUAAAGUACAGUUCCAUAUUCUAGUAAUAAAUGUGAAUAUUUAUAUGA